AUGACUUCCAUAUCUUCAUCCUCAGCACAAUUGACAUGCCUAUGCGGCGCCAUCUCGGCGUCCGGCACCCUGCUCUCCAGCUCAGAGAUUCCCAUCAAUGCUGCAAUCUGCCAUUGCAAUCCAUGCCGUUAUACAUCAGGGUCCCUGGGCAUCGCAUUCCCACUCCUCAAGGAACCUCCACCUCAGGAGACUCUCUCAAAGCUUACAGGAUAUAACAGCUCGCAGAAGCUGACGCGCUACUUCUGCCCGACUUGUGGCUGUCAUUGCUUCCACAUCAACCAUCACAGUCAAAAGUGGUAUUGUCAGGGGGGAAACGUCGAGCCCAGUCCGGCCUUCGAGUCGAGCAAUUCGCACACUGACAUAUUGUGGCCCAAGGACACGGUCAAGAUCUCGCACCAUGAUUUCGUCCUCGACACCGUCGAUGGUGGAUUGACUCCUCUCCUGUUGAAUCUCAAUGGUCGAACAGUCCCAACUUGGUCCGCUGCCUCACCACCACAACCGCCUUCUCCUCAACAAGAAGGACACGACUCGUUCGACCUCCCGCAUGAGACUGUGUUGUCUCUCCCUCGGAAAUCACUCGGCACGCUCUCAUCGCCCAAAGAGGACUCCUAUCUCCCAGCAAAAUGUCAUUGCGGGGGAGUCUCGCUUCUAAUUAAACGCGCCAUCUUCGAUCAUGAAGGUCCCGCUCGCUAUAUUCCUUCCGAUCCCACAAAGUACUUGACGUACCUCUGCGCCUGCCGCUCCUGCCGCCUUUCAACCGGCGUGUCAUUAACGGCGUGGACGCUUGUUCCAUCUGAAAAUGUGUUCAACGCCAACGCUCCUGCAACCGCCAGCAAUGAUAAUGAGAGCAAUCUGACGCCCGUAGUCUUUGGAAAGCCCGCUUCCAGCGCAGAUGCGAAUCCCGGACUGUCAUUGACGUAUCACUGGUCAUCGCCAGAUGUGUGUCGAAGUUUCUGUGGCAACUGCGGCGCAACGGUGUUUUACUGGUGUGGUCAAAGACCAGACGAGCUGGAUUUAGCCACGGGCAUUUUGAGAGCGGAGGAAGGGAGUAUGGCGAGAAGAUGGCUAGAGUGGGUUUGGGGGCGGUGUAGUUUCACGGAGGAGAGUGUGGAUCAGGAGAUGUGCGAGGCGUGGUUAGGCAGUGCAGAGGAAGGGAAGAAAAGUCGAUAA